CCGGAAGUAGUCAGUCCUCUCAGCCAUUCACAGCCAUUCAUUUACUGCUGCCUGCUAUCGCGUAUGGAGCUACUUGUACACUGACAGACCCUCCAGUACCACCCUGAUAUCCCCCCAUCCCCUUUCAACAUGGCUACAGACUCAAUGGAGAUUGAUGAUUCGUUAUACAGUCGGCAGCGUUAUGUUCUUGGAGACCGCGCCAUGCUACAGAUGGCUCAGUCCUCAGUGUUCCUGAGUGGACUCGGCGCUGUAGGAGUGGAGAUAGCAAAGAACAUAGUGCUGGCUGGAAUUAAGACUGUAACACUUCAUGACACAAAAGUGUGUGAGACAUGGGAUCUGGGCACCAAUUUCUUCAUUCGAGAGGAAGAUGUUCACAAUCAGAGAAGCAGAGUCGAGGUCAUCUAUCCUCGUGUUGCUGAGCUGAACCCAUAUGUGCAGGUGGGCGUGUCCACCUGUCCUCUAGAGGACAGUACUGACCUGAGCUUCCUCAGGGGCUACCAGUGUGUGGUGUUGACAGAUGCUCGGUUGAAUCUACAAAAGAGAGUGGAUGAAUUCUGCCACUCCCAGCAGCCACCAAUCACAUUUAUUGGCUGUGAGGUGCUGGGUGUGUGUGCGCGUGUCUUCUGUGACUUUGGGGAGGAGUUUGAGGUCUCCGACGCUACAGGGGAGGAGCCAAAGGAAAUGUUCAUACAAAAUAUCACUCAGGCUAACCCAGGGGUUGUGACCUGUAUGGAGGGGCGGAGCCAUGGGCUACAGACGGGGCAGACUGUUGUCUUUAAAGAAAUCAACGGCAUGGAUACUCUCAACAACACGCACCACAAGGUCACAGUAUUGUCCCCACACAGUUUUUCAAUUGAAGAUACGUCUUCCCUACCUCCUUACACUGACGGAGGAAUGUGUCGCCUGGUCAAAACACCUCAGACCUUCCGCUUUGAGACCAUGGAGAGGCAGUUGUGUGAGCCCCAGGUGUUGACAGCAGACUUCAGUAAAGCAGACGCCCCAAUCCACAUCCAUAUCGCCAUGUUGGCUCUCGACGCCUUCCAGGAGCAGCACAGACGUCUGCCUAACAUCGGGUGUUGUCAGGAUGCUGAGGUUUUACUCAGGCUCACAGAGGAGGUCAACGAGACUCUCACACACAGGGUGUGUGUGAACCAGGACUUGGUGCGGUGUGUGUCUCGGUGUGCACGGGGCUGUCUGGCUCCUCUCGCUGCAGCAGUGGGAGGCUUCGCCAGUCAGGAGGUUCUCAAGGCUCUCACGGGGAAAUUCACCCCACUCCAGCAAUGGUUCUACCUUGAUGCCAUAGAAGUGGUACGACCAUUGCAGUCUCUGCCUGUGGAGGAGUUUAUGCCCAGGGGUGACCGAUAUGACGCUCUAAGGACGUGUGUGGGAGAGUCUCUCUGUCAGGAGCUGCACAAGCAAAGGCUCUUCAUGGUGGGUUGUGGUGCCAUUGGCUGUGAGAUGCUGAAGAACCUGGCAUUGCUUGGAGUUGGUUUAGCCAAAUAUUCAGGAGAGGUGUGUAUAACUGAUCCUGACCUGAUUGAAAAGUCCAACCUCAACAGACAGUUCCUCUUUCGACCACACCACAUCCAGAAACCCAAGAGCACCAUGGCUGCCAUGGCAACGCUUACCAUCAAUCCUGAGCUCAGUGUGGAUGCUCACCUGAACAAGGUGUACCCGGCCACGGAAGAUCUCUACAGCGACACCUUCUUCUCCAAACUGCACACGGUCAUCACCGCUUUGGAUAAUGUGGAGGCCCGUCGAUAUGUGGACAGUCGCUGUGUGUCCAAUCAGAAAGCUAUGCUAGACUCUGGUACCAUGGGAACGAAAGGACACACAGAAAUUAUUGUUCCUAACCUGACUGAAUCCUACAACAGCCAUAGAGACCCACCAGAAGAGGAGAUUCCAUUUUGCACAUUGAAGUCUUUUCCUGCUGUCAUAGAGCACACUAUUCAGUGGGCAAGAGACAAGUUUGAGAGCUCCUUCUCCCACAAGCCCUCCAUGUUCAGCAUGUUCUGGCAGAACUACUCAUCAGUAGAGGACGUGCUCCAGCGGAUGAAAUCAGGGGAGAGUCUGGAGGGCUCAUUUCAGGUGGUGAAGCUCUUGAGUCGGCGGCCGCUGCACUGGGAGCAUUGUGUAUCACUUGCACGCCUUAAAUUUGACAAGUACUUCAAGAGGAAGGCUUUGCAGCUUCUUCACUCAUUUCCCCUAGACACGCGAUUAAAAGAUGGAUCUCUCUUCUGGCAGUCGCCCAAGCGUCCUCCCUGUCCUAUAGAGUUUGAUCUCAGUGAUCCACUACAUGUUAGUUUUAUUGUGAGCACUGCUAGACUUUACGCUGGAAUCUACAACAUCCCCUACUCAAAAAAGAAUGUCUCAUUAGAAGCAGUGUCAGCAGCUCUGACUGAAGUGCAGAUUCCGGAGUACAUCCCAGCAGAUAAGAGUAUAGAAACUGACGAGACUGCUAAGAAACCUGAUCAAAUUAAACUGAUGGUCAGCAGUGAAGAAGAGAGAGAGGCCAUAACCCAACUAGAGGGGGUCAUCAGCUCUCACACUUUAACUUCAGAGUCUUUGCGUAUGACACCACUGAUCUUUGAGAAAGACGAUGAUUCCAAUGGCCACGUGGACUUUGUGACUGCUGCGUCAGCGCUGAGGGCUCAGAUGUACGCCAUCGAACCAGCCGACCGCUUCACCACUAAGCGCAUCGCCGGCAAAAUCAUCCCAGCCAUUGCUACAACGACUGCAGCUGUCGCAGGCCUGGUGGCUCUGGAACUUAUAAAGGUUGCAGGAGGUUAUGAGUUUGAGGCAUUCAAAAACUGCUUCUUUAACCUGGCCAUCCCAGUCAUGGUGCUGACAGAAACAGCACCGAUCAGGAAAACAUACAUCAGAGAGCAUAUCUCAUUUUCCAUCUGGGAUCGCUGGAACAUUUAUGGUCAUGAGGACUUCACCCUUAGUGACUUCAUCAAUGCAGUCCAGGAGAAGUAUGGAGUUGAGCCGACGAUGGUUGUGCAUGGAGUCAAAAUGCUGUAUGUACCGGUGAUGCCUGGCCACAACAAGAGACUGAAAUUCACGAUGCUGAAGCUGGUCAAGCCUUCCGCUGAGCGGCGUUACGUGGACCUGACUGUGUCCUUCGCCCCUGAGACAGAUGGUGAUGAGGAUCUGCCUGGCCCUCCUGUUCGUUAUCACUUUAGCCCUGCCCCCUGACCUCUGAACCCCCCCCUCCCACACACACACACACACACACACACACACACACACACACACACACACACACACACACACACACACACACACACACACACAGCCCCACAUCCUGAGGACCACUAGUGGAGAUAAACUCAACCUCUCAUCACUGACCACUAAUUGUACAUAGUCUCCCCUUUUUUGUACGGUUUAUUAUCAUUUGGCGUGGAGAGCCUGGACUGAUGCCUUACCUUAGUGCUUUAACUGCUCAGUUGAGUGGCUGCUGAUUCCAGUGUUUGUGAUAAUCAGAAGAUCAACGUGUGCACACCGUUAACACACCAGUGGCUCCGGGGAGGGGUGCUGGUGGGAGGCGGGGGCCUGCAGCAGAAGGCCCCCCCACUGACCGACACGUCCUCUCCAAACCACCUGAGAUCCACAGACUGCACUGACUCAUCCCCUGAAGAUCAGCUGGGGAAGGGCGCAGACCGUCCCGUGCUGCCUCCCUGCUGUUGUGAUGUGGUGGUGAUGUGGCAGGUGUGUUGGAGGGCCUUUGGCGGAGGUGAGGGGAGGUGCGGCAUGGCACCGUGUGUCCUCCUCACGCUGACUUGGUGACGGGCGGGCGUGCAGGUUGAAGUGAGAAUGCCAUCUGGUGGAGACAGAAGGAAGUGUAAGUUCAGACGAUGCGAUGCCCAUGACUUUUCUUUUUCAGCCCUUUAACAGUCAGCUGUCCCUCGCAGGGGUGUGUCCGUAUUUCUCCAGCAGCAACGUGCUGGGCGCGAUGUCAAGCAUCUCUGUCUCUGAUGAUGUCAGCAGAUUAAAAGAAUAAAGCAGAGCUAAAGUGCA